GGGAUGUACGUUGUUUUAUCGACGUGAAAAACGUUUUAACUGCAAGUUUACAAGUCGAAUUUUCUUACUGACGGAAUUUUAAUUUUACUACAGUAUUUAUUCGAAAAACAUAUUAGAAAUAUGCAUUUUUGUCGUUCGAUUUUUUUUCGUUUACCUUUAUUUAAAUUCACCUGUGUAGGAGUUUUAACUGUAGUUUAUGUUUUUGUAGUUCAUUGAGAUCUGUAUUUUUAACCGUCUUUUGUUUUAUCUUCGUGUAAUGCCUUCAUAAGUCGUCACGUGCCUUCAUAAUGCGUUAUGAUAAAUUCCAUCUUUUUAAAAAAGCUUCUUACGCUGUGAUGGUUGUAAAGUCCACUGUAGUCCACAGUGAUGCUGGAGGGAUUCAGAGCUUUACUCUCCUCUCCACAAACCUGCUAAUGAGCUUAAUGAGUUUUGCCCUCUGGGACGUGUGACACAGCGGACUGGGGGACCAAUCAGAGCUCGCGCUCCUGUGUGUGUGAACGUGUGUGUAUGUGCAUCUGUGUGUGCGUAUGUGUGUGUGUUCUUCUAGAUGAUUUUCUCUCGAUUUAAGAAAAGUUUUACUCUUUUCCGCUCGUUUUAAACGGCAACCGAAAACAGAUUUGGGAUUUUUGCAUAUUUUUUUCGUUGUUUUGUGAGCUAUAUAUUUUUUUCGCUAAUCGCGAUUCCUCGCUGCUCGUGCCGCUCUGUUUUUGGGAUGGAUUCGCUCUGAGCCCUCGUCCUCCCGCCGCCUUCAUGGACUUCUCCUUUAAUGAUGUCUGUGGGCUUCGUGUCUGACCCUCUGGCCGCUGCCCCCCGGCCGCCCGCUUUCCUGCCUUUCUCUCCUCCGCCAGGCUCCGGAUUGCCCCCCGCCGGCUACCCUGUGUCCGGACCCCCCCAGCACGAGGCGCCGUACCCGUGCGCGGUGGCCCACUACACACGGCCCCUGGGCUUCUCUUACCCCGGGCAGACCGGCGCUCCUGCCCCGCCUGCCUACAUGCCCUACCAGCAGGGCAACUACAGUACAGCGCUGGGGCAGCAGAGCAGAGCAGAGCACCCGGGCCGCGAGCAGGCCGUGGGGGCUGAGUCUGGCGAGCUGCGUCUCGGAGGGAAAGGCAAGAAGCUCCGCAAGCCCCGUACUAUCUACUCGAGCGGGCAGCUGGCGGCGCUGCAGCAGCGCUUCCAGCAGACCCAGUACUUGGCCCUGCCCGAGAGAGCUGACCUGGCCGCACAGCUUGGACUCACACAGACACAGGUUAAAAUUUGGUUCCAAAACAAGCGCUCCAAAUACAAGAAGAUCAUGAAGCACGGAGCGAACGGACCUGAGGGAGACCCGCACGGCCCGUGCUCGACCUCUCCGCCAUGCCCCGGGCUCGCGCCUCUAUGGGACGCUCCGGGCCGCGCGGGGGGUGCUUAUAUGAACCCUUACGCAGGGUGGUACAAUAACCCCCAGCACCCAGAGCCUUUAUAGUGAAAGACAGAGACGGACUGGAGGACUCUGACCUUUACCCCCCUGUAAAUAUGUCUGUGUGUGCAUGAGCGGGCUGUGACGUGAUUCCUUCAUUAAGGUUGUUUGAUUAUUAUUAUUGUUAUGUUUUUAAUUUUGUCGAUACUAUAAGUCAUCGGUGCUUUUUUAUUUUGA